UGUUUACUUCGGUGCUUAUGGCGUCAAGGAUUUCGUCUCAAAUCCCCUUAAUAAAGAAUCUGUGGCAGAUGCGUCAAGGUUUUUGACACACACACACACACACACACACACACACACACACACACACACACACACACAGAUAUUCCCAACCGGCCGGGAUCUGCUCCACCGGGGGAAACGCCUUCUCGCCUCGGACCCGUUCUGUUUUAAUUAGCCUCCCGGUGCCGCGGGUAAUUACGGUAACGAGCCGCAAAUGAACCGUAAUGAACCGCAAAAUUCCUCCAAAAAAAAAAAACCCUCACACGAGCCGAGGCGCGAAGCGCGUGAUUAAUAACCGUCAUUCAGGCAUCGGCGGGGAAAAAAGGGCGCGCGAGGAGUUGACACGCAUUACCCUCAGCGCCGCGCGGCGAGACCCCGUAUGUCAGCCCCCUCGCGCCUCCCGCGCUUCCACAAUCAUUUCCCGCCAAUGAUCAGGAGGUGUCCGCAACGGCGCUUCCUCACCUCACACCCCCGUCAGCCACACGCAGCGCGACACACACACACACACACGCGCGCGCACACACACACACACACACACACCGGGAGGAGCCGUCUACCCUUCCGUCACCCAUACCCGCCCCUGAGGACGGUGCGUCGUUGGCGGCGUCAAUAUUAUUUAUUAUUCCCGUUAGUCUCGGUAUUUAGCGCCGCAGCUGCUCGCGGUGAUCGUUAAAACGGACGCGUCUCGUUGUUUCGCGGCGCGUGUUUUUUCUCGUAACGGGGAUUAUUGAGGCGGCAUCAGCGCGCGGUGAUGCUCUCCGUUAAAGGAUCGUGAAGCGUCGCGAGUCUAAAGGACCACUGCUGUGGAUGGUUGGGCAUUAGUGUGUGUUUGUUUUGCUCUGAUGGCGAACAUGAGCAGUGGUGUGUGCAUGGAAACCCCACACGCUCAUGGCCACGCCCACGGCCACACCCACAACUACAACCCCACCCCCGGGCGGGACUUUCCAUUACAGAUCGACUCGUGCGUAAAUCCCGUGUUGGACUACAGCGCGCAGAUGGAGCGCUACCGCUCUUUUGCCACAUUCUAUAAGAACAGCACGGCUGGCGCAGCCCCGUUUCCCCAGACCGCCAAAAUUGCGCGGAUUGCCACGCCCCUUUUCCCCUCUGCCCGCCUAUCGGCGAUGCCACCCUGGCCCUGCGACAACGCCAUGCUGUGGGGGCGAAAGCCUGCUGCGGUUAACGUUAACGGACCUCACACACAUCGGACUGGCAUGUCGAGGGCGGAGCCUGUGAACAUGCACAUGUCCGGCAAACACAUUCCACAAGACUCCGCCCUCCCGAUGGGCGCGGACAACUUUCUGUCGCCACUGGCCGCGGAGCAAUGCCGCGGCCUUCCUGUAACGGGGGCCGACUGCAUGAACCGCCUGAAGUGUCCGCCGUCCGUGCCGCCCGGAGAGACGGACCGAGGCGGGACGUUCGGAGGGAUGCCCCCGUUGGGGGGUCUGUCGCUCCCCCCUGGGGUCAUCGUCAUGACGACGCUUCACUCCGGUGCGGGGUCGUCGGGGGUCACGAUGUCCGACAGCGCGUUUCAGAUCGCCAACGCGGCGGCGGACUGCCAGCACAGCGGCUCGUCUUGCUCCGGUUCACCCGCCGCCCUUAACGGGAACGCCAACGGCAGCUGCAGCAGCGCUAGCAGCAACGGUAGCGGAGCGGCUAAGCGCAAGCGUAAGCGCUGCGGCGUCUGCGCCCCCUGCAGGAGGCUCAUUAACUGCGGCGUGUGCAGCUCCUGUCGAAACAGAAAGACGGGUCACCAGAUCUGCAAGUUCAGAAAGUGUGAAGAACUCAAGAAGAAACCGGGCAGCACGAUGGAGAGAGCACCGUCAGCAGGAGCCGCAGACACUUUCCGCUGGUUCUUCUGAAGAACCCGCCACCGAUCCACAUCAUACAGCCGGACUCAAACACUAGAAGAACUGCAGGUCAUUCACCUACAAUCUACCCUUCCCCUCAGGACUCACUGUGGCCCGUUUAGCACUGGGGGCGCUGGAAAGACAUGGAGGGCAAGUCUCUGGGUCUCGGACUGACCUCACCUCAACCGAACACCAACGGACGCAGAGAAACAGGGACUUGAAUUCAGUCGUAUCAGGGCCCCGUCCGAGCCUAAAGGAACAGUCCACCUGAAAUCGAAUGUGCGGUCGUCAUUUACUCACCCUCGUGUCGUUCUGAUCACUUGCUUGCUUCUACGGAAGACAAAAGGAGCAUGCAUUAAAUCUCUGCGAUUCAAAAAGUGCACAGGUUUAGGUUUAUGGAAGCACUCCAUGCGGUUAAAGCGCUAUAUUCGAAGUUAUCUGAAGACACACGAUAGCCGUGUUGAGAAAAGACCUCCCUUCCGUUUGAUCGAUGUUCUGGAAAAAUACUCGUUCCACAGAAGAAACGAUUAAUGCACUACAUUAUAGCGGGAAAACAAGCAUCUGAUUUCAUUUGAUCAACAAUUGAUUGACAAAUGUAUCUUGUUGAACAGAAAAAUGAUAUGAACCUAUAUUACAGGUUCUCUGAAGUUAAAAACCACCACCUGGCUUCUCGUUUCAUAAGAUUAUCCAGGAUACGCUUUAAACGUUCACCUACAAGUUCAUGUUUAUAAAAGCAGUCCGUACGAUUAAUACUAUUAAUAUAUGGGUUCGCCAAAAGACAGACACGUUGAGUUUUUUAUUUGUCACAUUUGACCUCCUCUUGCAAGGAACAGCCAUGAUAUUCUUGAACAAUUGUCCUCGUUCCACAGAAGAAAGCAAGUCAUACGGGUCUCGAGACGAGUAAACGGCGACAGAAGGUUCGUUUCUGAGCGAGCCGUUCCUUUAAACCACCUUUCUGUUGCAUGGGUAGAAAAGUGUUUUGUUUUUAACUAAAGACUUUAAGAAAAUAACUUUGUUUAUUGCUGUUGUGACGCCUCACUGUCUUGAUGAAUAAGAGACUCUUAGGAUGGCUUGUUGAUUAAAUGUGAUCCUUUUUGAACUGUGA